GGUGAACUUGGAAUCAGUGGAAAUGGCGAUUAUGCCAUCGAGAAUGUUGCGGCUGCUGGUGGAGCCGGUCAAGGGAAACAGGCCCUCAACGCACAACUCGUAGCCACUGUCAAUGGCACAAGCCCUUACACAGGUUAUCUAGGGCUGGGAAUCGUGCCGCAAGCCUUCAGCGGCGUCGUGCAAAAGCCUGCAAUCUCGCAGCUGGUGGAAAGAGAUGGCCUCUCAGCGAGCCACAGCUACGGGUUCACGGCCGGUGCACGGCAUAUCGGCGACAAAGGCACCCCAAUGUCGCUGACGCUGGGUGGUUUUGAUCAGAGUCGCUUCGAACCGCACCAGGUUGUCUUCGGCUUGAAUCGCACAUCUCCCGAGCCUCAAGUGCGACUACGAUCUAUCACGACCUCAGUUGCCGACAAGAAACAAGCGCCUACCGUCUGGUCGGGCACAACACAGACGCUUCUCUUCUUUAAUGAAUCCGCUACUGCUACUAUUGAUUCGUCGACGCCAUAUCUGUGGCUUCCACGCAACACUGCGGACCGCUUUGCAGCCGCGUACGGCUUGGUCUGGAGUGAGAGUUUCAAGCUAUACACAUUCAAGGACAGCAACAGCGCGCUUCGGUUCAGAGACACUCAGAAUCUGUCGCUUACCUUCACGGUAUCUGGUUUCGACGACCCAGGGGACAGCAGUAGCUCCCUGACCGGACCAGGUGUGCUCAAUUUGACGAUCAGUGGGCGGGCUUUCUACCAAAAUCUACGCUACCCCUUCACAAACAUGCAGAAAGGUGCCGCCGCCGUACCUUACUUCCCAUUGCGGAGAGCUGCGCAAGAAGACCAGAUAACCAUUGGCAGAGUGUUCCUGCAAGAGACCUACCUCCUCACCAACUACGAAACACAGAGCCUUUGUCUGUAUCCGGCUCGGUUUCCUGGCGAUCCAGUGGCGGAAACGAGCCUUACGACCAUCCCUUUCUUGAGGACCAGCAUGUAUCCAGGUCCGCCUGACAUUCAUUCAGGUCUUAGCAGCAUUCAGAUCGUCGGCAUCGUUGUUGGAGUAUGCCUGUUCUGCAUCAUAGUGGUAGCAUUGACCGUAUGGCUCCGAAAACGAGCACAGAAUCGCUCUUCAUCUCAGCCAAGAUACGACGACAAGACAGAGUCUGGCUAUCAUUCACAACGCAAGCCAAGCUUCAAUUUCAUGUCACUUCUGUCCUUCAAGCACAAUUCGCAGACAGCAGGGCGGCCUCAUGCGAACUUCAACCGUGCGCUAUCGGGUUCGACCCUGCAUUCUUCACAACAAUUGUCCUCGAAGACAUACGACCGCUACGAGACCCCAACGCCCACAAUCCCGAUAGAACUAACGCGAUGGGGUGCGAAGCUAUCGGACAAUGCCACCGGCUAUAGCACGAGGCAAUAUGAGGAUUGGACAAUGUAUCAUCCGGAUUUCGAAGCCCAGCCUGUAGGCCAGGUGCCAGGCCAGUGGAACUUGCAGCAAUCAGCUUUCGAGCCCGCCAAGAAUGCUCGAGACAUUACCCAGACUACCACUUAUCGUGCACCAGAUAUCGCGCCACCACCGCUCGCGGCGCCUUCGACUUUACCCCCAUACGGCAGUCUGCACGCACAAGGAUUAGCACCUUUGAAUGCGACAGCUUAUGGAUCAGCCAAUCAUUAUGCCAACAUCCCGUCCCCAGUGCCGCUGCUUCAAGCCGAGGACAGAUCAGACGCAGAAUCCAUGUCUACGGAUGAAGGGUAUGACUCUGAACUCGAUCGGCAAGCAGCUCGAGCUCGUAGCGUUGACGUCUCACAAGCUGCAUGCUCCCUUGGAGCAGCUACCAUUCCUGAGCGGUCCCAGACGGUGAAUACAGUCGCUUCUGCAAACAGCAAUGGGAGUUUUGAGUUCACUCUACCCAUCAUGCCAUCUGCGAGGGCUGAUGCGCGCCACUCGGUAUCCAGCUCACUUGGCAGUGAUUUCACCGUCGAGGAAGAAGAGCGCGAGGAGGCCUGGAGAGCGGCAGGCAGACUGGACCGGUUGGACGGACCUGACCUGGUACACAUUCCUCAGCCAGCAGCAAGGCGGUAUAGCUGGGAAGGCGAGCAGUAAAUCCAUUCCCUCGCACGGCACCUCAACAACGCGGCGUGUGACAUGAUAUUGUCACCACCAAAUGGGCGGCUGUCAGAGACCGCAACCAUCAUAUUACAUCUCCUAACGAUAUCUCUGCGUUUCACCAACAAUCAUUUUUUGCUUCACAUGUCUGGGUUUUUAGCGACGGAGUUGAUGAAACGGUCCAGGCGGUAUCGUAAGGGAACGAAUGCGCCUUUGUGCUUUUUCCUACAUGACGAAAAAAGGGGGCGCUUAUUCGUGGAUAUAUAGAUAAUGCCUUAUGUUCCGGGCCCGAUUUAAAUCACGUGUAAACACCUGCAAAUACGGACAAAUAUAUCUAAUAUAUAUAAACAU